AUGUGUGUCUGUAAUCUACUUGUAUAUAAAGUCAUACCAUACCAUAUUCAUCCAAAAAAUCCAUAUAUUGCACAUAAUACAAUAACAAAACAUACAAGAAAAAUGUUAAGAAGGUCUACAUCGCAACAUCUCGCACGCCAUCAUAAAAGGAUACCCAUCUCAUCUAUUCAAAGCAGUAGAAACUCCAUUCUACGAAGUCAAAGAGAUAUACCCAAAUACACAAGUGACUCUUGCGAAUAUAUAGACGAAGAACCAUCAGAUGGAAUGUUCAACGUGUUGAACCAUCAUAACCACCCGGGAGUUGUAUACUACGUGAUACAGUUUGAUAAUCCCGGUGGGUCAUCCUCCUCUUUGGACAAUAGCAAUAAUAAUACACAUAAUCCUGCGCCAGGAACCAACCAAAAUGAACAUCAGGGCGGUCAGACUGGUAUCAACUCAGGGACCCAUUAA